CCGAAGCAAUCCUGCAGCUCUGUGUCUGAGGGACUCCAGAGUUUGGAUGCAUGUGGUAUUGAUGCAGCAGCAGAACUGAAGUAAAACCACCAAGCGUCCAACAUGAGGGGGAGAGCAGUUCUCCUCAGCAUUAUCCUGGCUGCUGGUUUCUUCGCUGUCUCCGCUCAGCCUGUAGAGUGUGAAGCCGUCACAGUGGGGGACAUUGUCUUCCUAGUCGAUAGCUCCAGCAGCAUUGGCACGGAAAACUUUAGGGAAGUCCGCACCUUUCUCAGUAAGGUCAUCGAGAACCUCGACAUCGGCCCAGAUAAAGUACGGGUCGGCUUGGCGCAGUUCGGCACCGAUCCUGUCCAGGAGUUCCUGCUUAAAGAUCACAUUGACAAGACGUCCCUGUUGGCUGCAGUGGAUAAAAUCACGUUCCUUGACAGCGGCACAGAAAUGGGCAAGGCCAUCAACUUCAUCCGGGACCGUUACUUCACAGCAGGGGCAGGAAGCAGAGCCAGCCAACGGGUUCCUCAGAUCGCCGUUGUCAUGUCAGAUGGAGAGUCCAGCGAUGACGUGUCCAUACCUGCGAAGCGUCUCCGGGAGCAUGGAGUCCUUGUGUAUGCCAUAGGGGUGGGAAGUUACAACCGCAAGGAGCUGGAGAUCAUUGCUAACCACCCCUCAGGAGACUUCGUCAUCACCUCUGACACCUUCCAGGCUCUGCAGGGUCUGAGAAACACUCUGCUGAAAUCUGUGUGCACCUCCUUGGAGGCCCAGAGAGAAGCUUUGACCGAGCGAUUUGCAGACAUCUUUUUCCUGGUGGACAUCGCUUUACCUCAACGACAGUAUAUCCUGUUCAGGAAUGAGCUGAUCAGAUUCAUCGACCAGUUAGACGUCGGACAGUCCAGCUACCGGAUCGGUUUGGCCCAGUACGGUCCAGAUGUGAAGGUUGAGUUCUAUCUAAAUACUCAUAAAUCCCAAGCACAGUACACGAGAGCAGUAAAAAGCCUUCAGCUGCAGCAACAACCUGGUCAAGCACAAAACCUUGGUGGUGCUCUGGAAUUUGCAGCUGCUGACUUUUUCCGCCCUGAAAAAGGAGGCCGUGCAAACCAAGGAGCUCGACAGUUUUUGGUUGUUGUUCUUGGAAAAGACUUUAAGGAAUCCGUAUUUUCUUCGGCUAAAAAAGUCAAAUCCGAAGGGGUAACUGUUGUAACGAUGAGUGUGAGUGUGCCAAUUGAAGCAAUGCUGAGCUUCUCCACUAAACAGUUUGCCUUUAACACACUGAGAAUUACUCAGCUGAUGGAUGUCUUCACCUCCGAAGAAGUGGAAGUAGUCACUGAAGACUGCGGGAGAGUCAACACUGCAGACAUCGUCUUCAUCAUCAAUGAAGCGGAAGGCGUCGGGACCGGCAACUUCAAGCUGAUCCGCACUUUUGUGCGGUCACUUAUCAGCAGUCUGAAUGUCAAUCAGACUAGAGUCAGAGUGGGCAUUGUUACCUACAGUGACACACCCAAAGUACACGCUUAUCUCAACAGCUUGCAGGACAAGGCAGAAGCUCUGCAGUUAAUCAACCUGAUCCCUUACCGUGGUGGUGGCACCAAAACUGGAACUGCUCUGAGGACCUCUCUGGAUUCAGUCUUCACCCAGAAACAGGGCAGCAGGAAGGAUGUCCAGAAGGUAGCUAUAGUGAUCACAGAUGGUAAAUCCCAGGAUAGUGUCAAGAAAGUGGCGGUAGAGCUCCAUCGGGUUCCAGUCAGAGUUUUCGCGAUAGGAGUAAAACAGAACACAACGGAGCUGCAGGAUAUGGCAUCUUACCCCACCAACAGGCAUGUUUUUGCUGUGAACAACUUCACACAACUGAAACCCCUGAGGCAAAUCCUGCAGAAGAGCAUAUGCAGUGUCAUCAUUCAAGGCUCCGUCAACUCCUUUAAAAACAGCACAGACAUCAAGGAAGCUUGUGAGCAGAAGGAUGAAGCAAACAUCUUCUUCCUCAUAGAUGACUCGGACAGCAUUGAUAUCUCAGACCUCAGUGACACAAAGGAGUUCAUCACUGACUUUAUGAAAACAUUUCGUAUUGGGCCCAGUCAAGUUCGCCUUGGGCUUGUGAAAUACUCUGAUUUACCUACACUGCAGUUUGACCUGAUCAAAUACUCAUCCAUUUCAGACCUGAAGAAAGCUCUGAAGAACUUUCAACAUGUGGGGGGUGGGACAAACACAGGGAGAGCCCUGGCGUUCAUGGAAUCUCAUUUGGUGGCAGCUUCUCGUCAGGGUCCUACGUAUCUGAUCGUCAUCACUGCAGGAAGGUCUGCAGAUAAGGUCAAAGGUCCCGCAGAGAGAAUAAGGACCCAAGAUGUCAUGGUCUUUGCUGUUGGAGUAAAGAACUCAAACAAAGCCCAGCUGCAGGAGAUUUCUGGUGAUCCAGUUAGAACCUUUAACGUCUCUGAUUAUCAUUUCCUUAAGUGGAUCAAAAACGAUAUUCUAAGACAAAUCUGUGGUCCAGAAGUUUGUAAGGAUGCACCCAGCGACAUCAUCUUCUUAACUGAAAGCUCUGAGAGAAUCUCUCAGGCAGACUUCAAGAAAAUGAAAGAAUUUAUGAAAUCUACCGUAAACAAGUCUAUUGUCGGCCUGGAUGAUAUGCGUGUGGGCGUCAUGCAAUUCAGCACUGACCAUAAGUUAGAGUUUCCCUUGAACAAGUACUCCAGCAAAGCAGACAUACUGGGAGCCAUCGAUAACAUGAAGCAGUUAAAUGGAGGCGUUGCAACAGGACGUGCCCUCAGCAAGGUUUUAAAGUACUUCAGUGCCUCUGAAGGAGGACGCCCUAACCUGAGGAAGAACCUGGUUCUGAUAACGUUCAGUGAGGCAACAGAUGAAGUCAAAGGUCCUGCAGACGAUCUGAAGAAAAGCAACGUGUCUAUCUAUUCAAUCGGAGUGGUGGGCGGUAACUACAACCAGCUGUUUGAGAUCAGUGGCUUUUCAAACAGAGUCAUUAAUGAAGUAAAUGUUGAUCUCAUACAAGAACUGGACGGCAUACUGGCCUUGAAGUUCUGUGAUCCACAUAGAGAUUGUAAGAAGGUUCAAAAAGCUGAUAUUAUCUUCCUGGUGGAUGGCUCAUCCAGCAUAGGUAACCAAUUUGGAAGCAUGCAGAUGUUUAUGGAGUCUAUAGUGAACCAGACCAUAGUCAGCAGAAACUCUACACGUUUUGGAGCCAUUCUUUACUCUGACGACCCUGAAAUCAAGUUUUCUCUAAACAACUUUAACUCCAGAAGAGAAGUUCUUAAUGCUAUAAAGGCUCUGGUGCCACCAUCAAAGAACACCUACACCGGCAAAGCUUUGAACUACGCGUUGCAGUUCUUUAAUGAGGAACAUGGUGGCCGGAGAAGACUUAACGUUCCUCAGAUUCUCAUGGUGAUCACGGAUGGUGAAGCCCAAGACCAUAAUCAGCUAGAAGGGUAUACUAAUCAACUGCGAGCAAAAAAUAUCACUGUCCUCAGUAUCGGGGUACAGGAUGCAAAUAUGAACGAGCUGCUGAUAAUGGCUGGAAGCAAAGAAAAAGUCUUCUUUGUGAAGGAUUUUAAAAAGUUAGAGACACUGCACAAAAAUUUGUCUCGUGUCAUCUGCAACACCACCAAACCAUCCUGUGAGCAGAUGGACGUGGUCUUUCUGUUGGAUCGCUCCGGCAGCAUCAACACAAGUAAUUACCAGAUCAUGAAAAACUUCGCAGCAGAGGUAGUGAACAGCUUCCAGGUCGCUGAGAAUCUUGUGCAUUUUGGACUCGCACAGUUUAGUGAAGAUCCCAAAGAUGAGUUUUACCUCAAUCAGCACUACAACCAAAAGAUUAUAGUGGAUAAAAUACUCCAGCUGUCAUAUAACGGUGGUGGCACCAAGCUCGGCAAGGCCCUGCAUUUUGUAAAGAAGUACUUUAGCCCUUUGAGGGGCAGCCGUAGCGAUGUGCCCCAGACGCUGGUGGUGCUCUCAGAUGGUGAUUCUCAGGACGAUGUGGAGGAUGCAGGCGAUGACCUCAGGAGAAGUAGGAUUGAUGUUUUUGCUGUAGCGAUUGGAAAUGUCUUUGACGUCCAGCUCCUGCAGAUUACUGGUGACCCACGGAAGAUUAUUAAUGUUAAUGUAGAGGACCUGCCAAGUUUCAAGAAGAAGGUGGUUGAUGCUAUCUGCAAGAAGUCUGAUGAGUCUAAAGAUGAUCCUGAUGUUGAUCCUGAUGUUGAUCCUGAUACAAACUGCACCAUCGAUAUCGCCAUAGGGUUUGAUAUUUCUGGAGGCAGAGCGUUCAGUGUGCCACUCUUCAGGCUUGUUAGUCCUCUCAAGGAAAUCGUCCGUUCUGUAACUACAGUGAGCGACCUUUGUUGCUCUGCUUCGGUCCAAACCCGGAUCUCCUUCAGCAUCAUAGAUGUGGACGGUAGCUCCUUGUAUGUUACAGACUUUGAGACUUACAAUGAGGAUGUACUGAGAAAAGUCUUGGACUUUUCAUGGUCCCAGGCCACAUUUUUCAACUCAGCCUUGCUGAAAUAUUUUAAUGUCAAGUUCAAGUCCAAGUCCACCGCAAAGGUCAAGAUUCUGGUGAUCUUCUCUGAUGGACUGGAUGACAAUGUGAUGAAACUGAAGCAGGAAUCUGAGCUUCUAAGAACCUCUGGGGUCAGCACUCUGCUCACGGUGGCCUUGGAGGACACCCAUGCCUCUGAGCUCCAGACGGUUGAGUUUGGACGAGGACACAACUACCAGGUUCCUCUGAGCAUCAGCCUGCCGAGCAUCAGCAGCACCAUCCUGCAACACAUUAACUCUGUAGCAGAUCGAGUGUGCUGCAAUGUUUCGUGUAAAUGCUCAGGACCUCCAGGCCCUCGUGGUCUUCCUGGGCCACCGGGAGUAAAGGGCUUGCCUGGUCAGACGGGUCAUCUGGGCUUUCCUGGAGAUGAAGGGUCUCAUGGGGGUCGAGGGCCAUCUGGACCAAAUGGAAUUCAGGGCAUCCAGGGAUGUCCCGGAACCAGAGGACGGAAGGGAUCUCAUGGCUUCUCGGGCAACAAGGGUGAGGAUGGACAGAAGGCACUGGACGGAGUGGAUGGAGAGCAGGGACUGACAGGAGUAAAUGGGAUGAAAGGACAGAAAGGAGAUCUUGGAAGCCCGGGUAUCCCAGGGACCAGAGGCGAGGCAGGACUGAAAGGAGACCGAGGCCUGAAAGGAGAUCCAGGUGUACCAGGACGCAACAACAUAACUCCAGGACCCAAAGGAGAACCUGGCAACCAGGGCGACCCGGGAAGAUCUGGACGGCUGGGGAUUCCAGGGACAGACGGAGACAUCGGAAACCCGGGUCGAGAUGGAGCACGAGGUGGCAGCGGCCUCCCGGGCCAACCUGGUGAUAAAGGAUCAGGAGGACCCCCAGGUGUGCCAGGUGCUUCAGGUCCAAAGGGACCCAGAGGAGGCACAGGUCAACGAGGACCAAAGGGGAUGCAGGGGUUUCCUGGACGUCAGGGGGACCCAGGACGAGUUGGAGCUCCGGGAAACGAUGGACGUCCUGGUGCUAAUGGACCGAAGGGCCAACCUGGAGACCCGGGUUCACAGGGGACGUCAGGAAAACAGGGACCAAAGGGGCCACCGGGGGAUGAAGGGCGAGAUGGUUUUGGACAGCAAGGACCUAAAGGAAUAAAGGGAGUUCCUGGUUUUACUGGUUAUCCUGGUCAAUUGGGUGAGAAGGGACAGAAAGGAACCAAAGGAUUUCCGGGUCAGAGAGGGAAUCAAGGUCGAGCUGGCAAUGCGGGCCAAUCAGGAAAACCUGGAGAGUCUGGAGAUCCAGGAUAUUCGGGACACAAAGGACUCCGAGGGUCUCCUGGAGAGAGAGAAAAAACAGAGUGCGAACUCAUCACCUACAUCAGAGACAACUGUGCUUGUUGUCAUGGUCCGUUCCAGUGCCCAGCCUACCCCACCGAGCUGGUCUUCAGUUUGGACAUGUCGAAUGAUGUUGCUCCAGCUGACUUUGAGGAGCAGCGUCAGGUCGUGCUUUCCAUGCUGAAGAACAUCACCAUUUCUGAAAGCAACUGUCCAACAGGUGCUCGUGUCUCUGUGGUGGCAUACAGCAGACACACCAGGUACCUGAUCCGUUUCCAGGAGCACCGCAGCAGGAAACAUCUGAUGGAAGCUGUGGAGAACCUCACUCAGGAGCGUACCACAGAACAGCGGCAUCUCGGAGCCGCCAUGCUGUUCGUGGGCCGGAACAUCUUCAAACGCGUCCGGGCCGGGCAGAUGAUAAGGAAGGUGGCCGUGUUUUUCUCCAGUGGGCAGUCGCAGGACCCUGAUGACAUUCUUGCUGCUGUGAUGGAGUACCGAGCCCUGAAGAUUAUUCCUGCCGUGAUCUCUCUGAGGAACACUCCCAGAAUCAGUCGAGCGAUGGAGGCUGAUGAUUCAGGUAACUCUAUGUUCGCUCUGCUGAGGAGGCAGCAGGACCUGGAGAAGGUCAAGAACUGUGCUGUCUGUUAUGACCCCUGCAGAAGUUCAGAGGAGUGCUCCUUCAUCCAGGACCCGGUGCCGCCUCAACAAGCAGACAUGGACCUGGUUAUGGUUCUGGACGGCUCCCGGGAGAUGCAGGCAGAUGAAUAUGUUGGUGCUAAGCAGCUGCUGGGUUCUGUGGUGGAGCAGCUGGCUGUAAGUUCUCAGCCCCGCAGACCUGGAAACCAGGCUAGAGUUGCUGUGGUCCAGCAGAGUGAAACUCAGACUGCUAUGGUGGAGUUUAACCUACAGACCUACCAGAACCAGGAUCUGAUGAAGACACAUUUGAUGCAGAAAAUGAAGCAGCAGAGCGGUACCUCCAUUCUGGGUCGAACACUGGACUUCACCUUGAACGAGGUGCUGCUGAAGACUGGCCAGGCGCGCAAAAGGAGGGCUCUGCUGACCGUGGUGGCCACCCAGACAGCCUACAGGGACCGGGCCAAGCUGCACUACAUCUCCCUGAAGGCCAAGUGUGAAGGUGUGGCCAUGUUUGUGGUGGCAGUGGGAGAUCGGUACAAUCAGACGCAAGUGGAGGAGCUGGCUGGUCUACCUGUCCAUCAGCACCUGAUCCAUGUCAGCCAGCUGAAGGCUGAGGAGCAGGGCUACGUUCAGCGCUUCUUCAGAGUCUUCCUCUCCGUCCUCAACAGGGGACUGAACGUGUAUCCUCCUCCUUCAGUAAAACCAACGUGCAGCCAGCUGACCGACCCAGACGACUUUAUCAUCGGGCAGGGCUUCGCAUCCGGACAGUUUGCUGAUGAUCCUCAGGAUGAAAGGUGGAGUCCACUGCAGCAGCAGGAAGAGGUCCCCAGCAGAGGUCAGGGUUCAGCUUCAGGAUCUGAGCUUGGAGACAUCUGUUUCCUCAGUAGGAACAGCGGCAGCUGCAGGAACUUCACCCUGAUGUGGUUCUACGACAGCAAAAACACCCAAUGCUCCCGCUUCCUCUACAGUGGCUGCGGAGGCAACAAGAACCGCUUCUGGACGAAGGAGGAGUGCGAGGACAGGUGUCUGAGGAAGAGUUAAGGAGGAACAUUAGCUGUAAACCUUAAGGUGCUGCUUUAGAAACCAAAUGUAAUCAGGAAUCCACUGAGCUGGAUCAGAAUAACAGGUCUCAGGAGGAGCUUUGUAUAUUUUACAAACAAACUGUCCUCUAUUUUAUAUCAAGUUUUAUUUUACAGACACAUUUGAAAUAAAAUACUUUUACUACAACACUGUUUUCCAUCUCUGCCAAAGAACUACAAACCAGAAACUUGUUCAUCUCAACGAAUAGAGACUUUAUUUUUAGGAGCUGACUGAGCAGACAGUAAAAAUUAAUUGUGUUGAUCAAAAUUCAGUUUUAAAACCGAGACAGCAUGUUUUUAUCCAUAUGACUGCAUGAAACUGAUCUGUUUUUAAUUUGGGUUUUUGUAUAUCUGAGUUUUUCCUGUAUCUGAAAUACAAGGCCUCCUUAAAGUUUUCAUACCUCUUGAACUUUCCCAUAUUUAGUCAUAAUGACCCCAAACAUCUACGGCUUUUAUGUGACAGACCACUGCAAACAACUUUGAAAUAAAAAAAUUCAAAUGACA